GUUCUCUGUGUUUUUGGUAUCAUUAAGCAAUAAGAGAGGUUUUUGUUCAUAUGGCUAAAAUAGGCAAAGGGAUUCAGAUUCCUCUAUCAUGGGUACCUGCUAAGGAUGGAAAUGUCCCUAAUAAUGCUCUCAGUGUUACUCGUGGUAUCUAUGUGGUUCGUUGCAAACACGAUGGUCAAUGGAUUCCUGGGAAGGCUGCAACUGGACAUAAUGCAGCUUAUUAUCCAUAUGGUGGUGAAGAAAAGAAUACAAGAGAAUAUGAAGUCCUGUGUGAUACCUCAUUUUCAGGACAUCAAGGAUAUGAAUGGUUACAUGCAUCAUAUGGUGGUGUGCCGAAAAAUGCAAUCAUUGCUGGCAUGUCAGGUUUUGAUCCACUAUACAUAGCCAAAUCUUCAAUUAAUGGAGAACCAUCUGUUGGAAAGGUACAUAGUGGCCAUGAAUGUGCAUAUUUACCAUGGGGUGGUAAAGAACACUCAGUGAAAGAAUAUGAAGUUUUAGUUUGGAAAAAGUGAAACUGAUUUUGUUGUUCUGAUCUCCAAGAUCAUCGAAAGAUUAUCUCUUGUAUAACUGUUUCCAUUUAAUUAGAAGGGACAAUAAAAUGAUUAGAUAAAAGUGUAUCUCUUCGUGUUAAAAAAUAACUUGAUGUACAAUUAUCAAUAAAAACAUUAUAACAAAAACAUACUACAAAGAUUUCUUAGUAAAAUGAAAUUAAAA